GUGGUUCGACGCGCAGGUUGCAUCAGCGCAAAACCUCGAUUCGCACACCGGUAGAGUCCACUGUACUCGUUUCCAGCGCCGAGUCCGACAGUAGAUUCAUCCAGGAGCGUCCUAAAGUGACAGAGGGUCAGAUGAAGCUGUAUAUCUCCGACGGGAACCCGCAGGGGGUUAAAGUGCUGGCGUCGCUGGAGCUCACCGGAGUGAAGUGUGAGAUAGAAGCAGUCAGCCACGAGGAGAAAGUGGUCCCUUACCUCAGUGACCCCAGGUCACCAGUCCUGCUGUUACCCGACGGUCAGCAUCUCUUCAGCCCUAACAGCAUCUGCCAAUACCUGUUUGAUAUCAGCGGCCAGAAGGCGACUGACGCGACUAACCAGUGGCUGGAAUGGGAAGCUACGACUUUACAGCCUGCAGUGCUGCAGUCUCUCCACAUGGUGGCGCUGCAGGGUAAGCGAGGCGAGGCGGCCGCUGUGAUGAAGGAGCCGCUGAAAUGGCUAGAACAGAGUCUGGGCAAGAAAAACUCACCAUUCCUUACUGCAGAGGCCGUGUCAGUUGCAGAUGUCGUCCUGUGGGCGGCACUGUAUCCUCUCCUGUCUGACUCCAGUUUUGACGUUGGUGAGCUGCCGUCUGUGCGCGGCUGGUUCGAGCGUGUCGGCGAUCUCCACGCAUGUCAGGCGGCCGCUAACAGAGUCCUGAAGGGAAAAGGUGUUGAAGCCCUGAAGACGUUCCUCCAGAAACACCCAGCUUCACAAACACAGCGCCGGGACAGUCCCACCAACGCCACUGAGGCUGAAGUCGCCGAGCAUGUGAUCACAGCGGAGGAGAUUGAAGAAGCUGCUCAGAUCUGGUCUGAAGGACUCAAAGGUUCUCCUGCGGUCACAGAGAGGAAACACCCAGUUCUCCCUCAGGAAGGAAAGAGAAAUGUUCUUCUCACCAGCGCUCUGCCGUACGUCAACAACGUGCCGCACCUGGGAAACAUCAUCGGCUGUGUGCUCAGCGCCGACGUGUUCGCCAGAUACGGCCGUUUGCGCGGCUGGAAUCUGCUGUACGUCUGCGGUACGGAUGAGUACGGGACGGCGACGGAGAACAAGGCUCGUGAGGAGGGUCUGACGCCGCAGGAGAUCUGUGACAAAUAUCACGCCGUCCACGCAGACAUCUACCAGUGGUUCCAGAUCGACUUCGAUUUCUUCGGUCGCACCACCACUGAACGACAGACCGAGAUCGCUCAGGACAUCUUCUGGCGUCUGCAUGAGCGAGGUUUUCUCCUGGAGGACACGGUCGAGCAGCUGCGAUGUGAAAGCUGUCAGCGCUUCCUGGCCGACCGCUUCGUGGAGGGCGAGUGUCCUCACUGCCGUUACCCAGAAGCCCGCGGGGACCAGUGUGACAAAUGUGGCCGUCUGAUCAACGCUGUGGACCUCAGGAAUCCGCAGUGUAAGGUGUGUAAGGAGACGCCGGUGAUCCGCUCGUCUAAACACCUGUUCCUGAACCUGCCCAAGCUGGAGGGCGAGCUGGAGCAGUGGCUUGAUAAGUCGACAGGCUCCGGUGACUGGACGGCAAACGCUCGUCAGAUCACACGCUCGUGGAUCCGUGACGGUCUGAAACCGCGCUGCAUCACGCGUGACCUGCAGUGGGGGACACCUGUGCCACACCAGGACUUCAAGGAGAAGGUGUUCUAUGUGUGGUUCGACGCUCCUAUUGGCUACCUCUCCAUCACUGCAAACUACACCGACCAAUGGGAGAAGUGGUGGAAGAAUCCUCAGCAGGUGGAGCUCUAUAACUUCAUGGCGAAGGACAACGUUCCCUUCCACAGCGUAGUGUUCCCUUGUUCACUUCUCGGAGCUCAAGACAACUACACACUAGUCAAUCACCUCGUCGCUACGGAAUACUUGAAUUACGAGGACACCAAGUUCUCGAAGAGCCGCGGCGUGGGUGUGUUCGGGGACAUGGCUAAAGACACGGGGAUCCCGUCAGACGUCUGGCGCUUCUAUCUUCUGUAUCUGCGUCCCGAGGGACAGGACUCGGCCUUCUCCUGGAGUGACAUGGCCCUCAAAAACAACUCGGAGCUCCUCAACAACCUCGGAAACUUCAUCAACAGAGCCGGGAUGUUCGUCAGUAAGUUCUUCGACGGUCGUGUUCCUGAGAUGCUCCUGAAUGAAGACGACAAGCGGCUCAUCGCUCAGGUCCGCUGGGAGCUCAAGCAGUACAUCCAGCUGCUGGAUAAAGUCAGGAUCCGUGACGCUCUGAAGUGCAUCCUCAACAUCUCUCGUCACGGGAAUCAGUACAUCCAGCUGAACGAGCCCUGGAAGAAGAUCAAAGGAGACCACGCUGACAGGCAGCGAGCCGGGACGGUGACCGGUGUUUCGGUGAACGUGGCGUGUCUCCUGUCCGCCGUGCUGGAGCCGUAUAUGCCAGCUGUCAGUCAAACCAUCCGCCAGCAGCUGCAGGCUCCGCCCCCCAGCGUCAGCUCCAUGCUGCAGAACACAGGGAGCUUCAUCUGCACGCUCCCCGCCGGACACCACAUCGGCACCGUCAGUCCUUUGUUCCAAAAGCUGGAGAACGAACAGAUCGAGGCUCUGAGGAAAAGGUUUGGAGGACAACAGCCAGAAGAGGAGUGUGUUGAAGUGAAGGCUCCGAGCAGCGCUGCAGAGUCCAAACCCAGCGCUGGUGCGGUGCAUGCCUCGGUGCGUGUGAACGCAGAUCCAGAGAGAGCCAAACAGCUGACGGCUUUAGUGGCAGAACAAGGCAAUAAAGUACGAGGCCUAAAAGCUCAGAAAGCCGACAAAUCUGUAAUUGACGAUGAAGUCGAUAAAUUACUGCAACUGAAAAAACAACUUUCUCUUGCGGAGGGCAAGAACCCGGAGCCAGCCGCUCAGAAAGGAAAGAAGAAAUAAAAAGGUGAACGUGAGAGGAAGAAAAUCCAUCAUACAGGAAUAUUUUCAGGGCUUUCUGAACUAUUUAUCCACUCCUAUAAAAAUACAACCUAUCCUUUUUAAAAUGCAACGAAGUCUAUUAAAUGCUCUUUUUAAAAUGCAAUAAAAUCAAUGUGUUUCUCACUGUCUCUUGUUGCUCUGAAACAAACAUAUUUUAUUCACACAAUCAAUAAACACAAGGACAAAAGA